GACGUAAUGCUCAACAUUUUGAUGUCAAUGACGAAGGAAGGAGCCUCCGAUGGGCCGCAGUUCGUCGCUCCUGCAAAAACGAGUCGAGAUACACUUAUCACUACUGCAUAUAGAUUGCAUCGAACGAGGUGGAGAAUAUUGGAACCUUACAGACGACUAAAGAAUGCAUUGAAAAAGUUGCAAGAAGAUUAUCUGAAAUCAAAGGAAGCAAAUGCAUUGAUGAGAUAUGUGAAGUUAGGACAAUCUGUUAGAGAAGUUGCUAUGCUGGAAAAACAAUACUGGAAAUUAUUAAAUAUACCGGCUCAGGAGGGAACCGAAGAUGCAAACUGCUAUGUUGUGAAAAUCAUAGAACUUCUUGAAGACACCCCGACUCAAUUACCACCAACACGUGGAAUCGGAGCUCUAUUACAGUCAACAAUAGGGAAACCAGCUGAGGCAAAUGUAGACACAGUGCUUCAUGAUUCUUUAAAAGCUCGAAAAUCGGAAGAUCUUGUAAAAGAGUGCGAAGGUUUGUAUGCCCAACUGUAUCGUCUCACAAAGAAAUAUCUUGGAUUGAGACGUCUUAUCAAGGAGCUUCACGACAAAUAUGAAGCUACAAGAAUGUUCCCAAUUGUUCCACGUUACGCUAUGCUCAAAAAGAUGAUCAAGGCGACACUGAGGGCUCCAGAAUUUGCAGACAUUUGCCAUGAGCAAACCGAAUAACUUUUCAUUUCUGUGAAGUGGUUUUCAAUUUAUUUUUUGAAUAUUUAUUUUAAAUUGUGAAAUGCAAAUUGGUUUCGUUGAACUUUUCAAGUGAAAAUCCAUGCAAU